AUGGGGGACCCCAUUGCUAUUGUAGGCUUAAGUGCAAGGCUUCCUGGAGACGGAGAUACCCCUGAGCGAUUCUUUGAGUCCUUGCUAGCUGGCAGAUCUGCCCGGACAGAAGUUCCGCCAGAGAGAUACAACGCAGAUGCAUUCUGGCACCCUGAUGCCGAAAGGAGUGGAGCGACAAGGGUUCGCCAUGGUCAUUUCCUGAAGGGCAGCAUCAAGGCUUUUGAUGCUCCUUUUUUCUCCAUCACACCAACUGAAGCAAGGAGUAUCGACCCGCAACAGCGUGGCAUGCUAGAAUGUGUCUACAAGGCGCUCGAAAAUGCUGGAACCCCCCUCGACCAAGUUGCUGGAUCACAAACCGGCGUGUACGUCGGCUGCUUCACGGCUGAUUACAAUGAUCACAUCGCAAAGGACUUGGAUAUUCCAAAUAAGUACUCGGCACUGGGAACAGUGGCGAGCAUGCUGAGCAAUAGAGUCUCGUGGUUUUUUGACUUCAGGGGCCCAAGUAUAACAGUCGACACUGCUUGCUCUAGUAGUCUAGUAGCCGUGCAUGAAGCAUGUAUGAGCUUAAAGCUCCGAGAAGUGUCCAUGGCCGUUGUCGGCGGAUGCAACCUUAUCUUAACACCCGAAAUGACACUUAAACUCGAUGCGGCGGGUGUCCUGGGUCCAGAUGGCAAGUCAUACAGCUUUGACCACCGCGCGAACGGAUACGCACGCGGUGAAGGCUUCGGUGCCCUGGUCUUAAAGCGGGUAUCCGACGCUAUACGAGACGGGGAUGCGAUCCGUGCUAUUAUUCGGAACUCAUCGACGAACCAGGACGGCAGAUCACCCGGCAUCACGCAACCGACGAAGGCCGGCCAGGUCGCGUUAAUCAAACAUGUUUACACCAGGGCUGGGCUGGACCCGUCGCUAACACGCUUCGCUGAGGCUCAUGGUACGGGCACACCUGUAGGAGACCCCAUCGAGGCGAGUGCCCUUGCUGAGGUCUUCGCCCCCCAUCGAUCUCUAGACGACCCUCUCUAUGUCGGCGCCCUGAAAAGCAAUGUCGGUCACUUGGAGGGCGCUGCUGGUGUGGCUGCUGUCAUCAAGGGAAUUCUGACUCUGGAAAGUGGCAUAAUUCCUGGAAACAUCUGGCACGAGAAGAAAAAUCCCAAGAUCUUGGACUCUUGGAAUUUGAAAUUUCCAACUGAGCCCACAGUAUGGCCGCAACAGGGGUUGCGUCGCAUGUCCAUCAACUCAUUCGGUGUUGGUGGAAGCAACGCACAUGUGGUAAUGGAUGAUGCGUUGAACUUCUUGAAGGCACACCGGCUCGUUGGCAAUCACCGGACUCAUGCUACUCCUCAGAUACCCACCCAGUUCAUGCCUCCAACAGGCAAUGGAGCUAAUGGAAUUAAUGGUCAUGAUGGUACCAACGGAGUGAACGGAACACGCCAGGUCAACGGCUUUCAUCGUCCAAGGGACAGUGGCGUGAAUUUAAAUGAAUAUGGAACGGAGUUGAGCGAGACUCCUCCACGUCUUUUUGUUCUGUCGGCAAAUGAUCCAACUGCCCUAUCGCGUCUUCAGGAUUCAUACAAGGAACAUCUCGCUUCCAAAACAGCAAGCGAGGCGGAGGAAGCUAGCGAUUUGCAAUACUUAAGAGACCUGAGCUACACACUCGCCUCUCGGCGCACCCUGCAUGCCUGGAGGACAUUCGGUAUUGCCAACUCACCAAAAGCGCUGCAGAAAGCUCUUGAAUAUGUUCCCAAGCCAGCGAGAGCAAAGUCAAGUCCUCGCUUAGCCUUUGUCUUCACUGGCCAGGGGGCACAGUGGGCGACAAUGGGCAUGGAUUUGAUGGUGUAUCGAGCUUUCCAAGAAAGCCUUCUGGCAGCCGAUAGGUAUCUGAAUGACCUUGGUUGCAGCUGGUCCUUGACAUUUGAGCUCUCCAAGCCUAAAACAUCAUCAAGAAUCGACGACCCUGAGUUCUGUCAACCAAUUUGCACGGCUCUGCAAGUCGCUCUGGUGGAUCUCCUCUCUACCUGGAACAUCUAUCCUCACGCCAUCACUGGCCAUUCAUCAGGCGAAGUUGCCGCAGCAUACGCUGCUGGUGCCAUUUCCCGGGAAGCGGCAUGGAAGGUUGCUUACUACCGCGGAAAACUGAGUGCCAAGCUGUCCCGCGCGGAAUCUCGACCUAAGACAAGUAUGGCUGCCAUCGGUCUUGAUACUGCAAGCACAGAGGCUGCAAUUGACCGUGUCAAUCAGCUCGGAGGCGACGGUACUCUCCAAAUUGCCUGCAUGAACAGCGCAAACAGCCACACCGUCAGCGGUGAUGCCAGGAAGAUUGAGACGCUUGUUGCCAUGCUUGGCGAAGGAAGGGUUUUCGCCAGGAAGUUGAACGUUGAGAUUGCUUACCAUUCCCAGUACAUGGAGCCAAUGGCCGACGAGUACCUCGAGGUGAUGGGACAACUUGAGCCGGGCACUCUCAAGGCACCAUUUGAGCCUCAGUUCUAUUCUUCGACAAUUGGUGCGCCAAUAUCGCUAUCACAACUGCGCCAACCCGAAUAUUGGGUCAAGAACUUGGUGUCUCCCGUUAGGUUCACCGAAUCGGUCACGGAGAUGCUUAAGGGCACUUCCGGGCCAAACGUUAAUGGCCAUAUCAACGGCAUCAAGAAAGUGAACGGUGUCAACGGUGUUGAUGCUGGUAACAAACCUAUCGUUGGCCAACCUCAUGUCGAGCCCAUCACCGAUAUUCUGGAGAUCGGGCCUCAUGGUGCACUGAAAGGACCACUUCUCAGCACUACCAAACAAGUCCGAAGCAGCGAAUCAGUGGACUAUCAUUCUGUGUUAAAACGCAAGAUUUCAGGUGUCCAAACGGCAUUGCAAGCAGUUGGAUCUCUGUUCUGUCAGGGAUAUAAAAUAGACUUUGCACAAGUCAACGAUGCAGACGAACCAUACGGGCCUAAGCCGCUGAUGUUGACAAACCUUCCGGCCUACCCUUUUGAUCAUUCCAAAGAGUACUGGGUUGAGAGUACUCUAAGUGACGACUUUAGGUUGAGGAAAGUAGGACGCCAUGAGCUCUUGGGCGCUCCAGUGCCUGGCUUAAACAAGAACAAUGCGGCGUGGCGAAACUACAUCCGCCUCAGCGAAAACCCAUGGAUAGAGGAUCACAAGGUCCUUGGUGAAGUUCUCUACCCCGCCGCUGGCAUGCUAGUCAUGGCCAUUGAGGCUAGCCGGCAGGUGGCUGAUAAGAGCAAAACACUGAAGGGCUUCAGAUUCAAGGACGUAUCUUUCAAGUUGGCGCUACAAAUUCCGGACGAUGCCCACGGAGUUGAGUCGCAAUUUUUCCUACGCCAACACCGAGAGACCAGUCUAUCGACUAUUUCGGCAUGGCAAGAGUUUCAGCUCUGGACAUUGCAAGAUGAUGAAUGGAGAGAGCACUGUCAUGGUUUUGUACAAACAGAGUAUGAAACGGAAGCAGCAUUCAACGAAGGCCUCAUCGAUUCAAGUGAUUAUGGACAAAGUCAGGAAAGCGGUGGCAUCAGCACAACAAAGAUAUCCGCCGAGAAACUCUACCAUAACUUUCAAGAAGCGGGAUUAGAUUUCGGUCCUACAUUCAAAACUCUGAGCAGCGUGCGACUUGGGCAGGACCUGAAUAUUUCUGCCACUGUCGACUACCCUAGGGGUAAGGUAGAGCAAAUAAUGCCAAAGCAAUACGUUCAGCCUCACUUGGUACACCCAACGACAUUGGACGCCAUCGUGCAUGCCAACCUGGCUCCUCUAGUCUUGAGCCCCAGGCACUCCAAGGUUACUAGGGUGCCGACGUAUUUGGCAGAUGGUUGGAUCUCAGCACAGUCCGACCUGCCCCAUGACAUCUACCAGGUGUCUGCCGAGUCUCGACUUCGUGGAAGAAGCGAGGUAGUUGGUGACGCCUCUGCCAUAAAUCCCAAACAGGGUCGAACAAUGGUAUCCCUGACUGGUUUGGUCUACAGGACAAUCAGUGGUGAAGAGUCAUUGACGGCUUCAGAGGCAGCAAUGCAUCCAGCUUAUAACCUUAUUUGGAAGCCAGACCCUGCGUUCCUGAACAAGCAACAAGCUUUGGAAGUCUUCGGAUUGCCUCUGGAGAAGAAGGAUGACCCAUCUUCCUGGAUGCAGGAUUGUGAAGCGCUUUGCCUGGCUUACAUCCGCCGCUUCGUAGACAAUGUUCCAAAGGAUAGCAUAGCUCAGAUGGCAUGGCAUCAUCAACGAUACGUCAAAUGGUUCCAGCACGUUGUCAGUCAAAAAUCAGAGCAGCCAAUCGAGAGCAUUCCGGAGCUCGAAAGAAGAGUGGUUGCCAGCGGAGCUAGUGAAGGAAAGUUGAUAAUUGCAGUUGGUAACGCCUUGUCUGAGAUGCUCCAUGGAAAGCGCGACCCUCUCGACGUCAUCUUCAAGGACAAGCUCGCAGAAGACGUCUACCGUAACGGCCUCGGAUCGAAGAGAUGCUACACGCAGCUUUGUAAUUACUUGGAUGCUCUGGCUCACAAGAACCCAGCCAUGGAAAUACUUGAAAUUGGUGCCGGAACAGGAGGAGCAACGCGCCCUGUCAUAGCGAAACUUACUGAGAAAGGACCGCGAUUUAAGCAUUACGAUUUCACAGACAUUUCGCCUUCCUUCUUCGAACAAGCCAAGGAAAACUUCAAUCAGGCUGGAAGGAUGAGUUUUAGCGUCUUGAAUGUCGAGAAUGACCCGGUGGAGCAGGGCUUCACAGCUGGCAAGUAUGACUUGGUCGUCGCGGCCAAUGUCCUGCACGCCACCAAGAAGAUUGACGAUACACUCCGCAAUGUCCGCAAGUUACUCAAACCCGGCGGCAAGCUUCUCCUUUUCGAAAUCACCAACACGGCCGUUUUGCUGGGAAGUUUUUGCUUUGGUGUCCUCCCUGGAUGGUGGCUGUCAGAAGACAAGGACCGGAUCUGGGGUCCGCUGAUGUCUGCGCCCUCGUGGGACAACCAUUUGAUCAACUCUGGAUUCGGUGGCCUCGAUAUUGUUCUAGAAGACUUUUCAGGAUCGCCUCAUCAGAUGAGUUCAAUCCUUGUUUCCACCGCUUCCAGUCUAGAUGACACGACAGGAUGCCUUGCUCCAAACUACAUCAUCACCAGCAGAGAAGCCACAGAGCUCAAUGUUUCGGAUGGAAUAGCAAAGAAAAUAUGCCAACAAGGUGGAUCAUGCGAAAUCACCACCUUGCCAUCAACAGCAGUCAAGGAGCUGGCUGGUGCUACAUGCGUAGUCCUUUCCGAGUUCGACACCCCUACUCUAAUGGACAUGACAAAAGAAGUCUUUGAGGCUCUCAAGCGCGUUAUAACCCAGUGCAAGGUCAUUCUAUGGGUCACUCGUGGUGUGUCAGACCCGAAUGCGGAGCUUGUCACAGGACUUGCCAGAGUGAUAAGGUCUGAGAGGUCGAAUGUCAGAUUCUUGACUCUUGCUUUUGAUCAAACCGCGGCGGAAGACCUUGUGGUAGAGAAGUGUCUGUCAUUACUUCGUAUGGUCCGAAAUGAAACUGAGAACUCUUUUAGAGUCAUUAACAAUGUGGUCAAUGUGUCUCGGCUGGUCCAGGCGGAUUACCUCACGAACCACAUUCAGGCUCAAACAGGAGCGUUGAAUGUCGUUGACAAGCUCUUAGGAGACGAGGCUUCUCGUUCUCUUAGCCUCAAGGUCGGUAAUGCUGGGAAAAUUGACUCCCUCCGAUACGAAGAUGACCCCAUAUUUGGCACUUCGCUGGGAGACCAUGAGGUUGAAUUCAAGACCAUGGCCUGCGGGCUCACAGUCAGCUGGAUGGCCUCAGCUCUCGAAAAGUCAGAGGAAUCAUCAUUGCUCGGCGAAGCAGCUGGCAUAGUCACUAAGACGGGGUCCGCAUCCAAGUUCCAGGUUGGCGAUCGAGUUUUCGGUCUAUCCAGCUCAGGUGCUCUCAAGACUCGCGUUCGGUCGACGGAUGGUCUUUUGGUCAAACUUCCGGACACAGCGACGUGGUCCCAUGGCGCAUCCAUCCCAAUAGAUUAUGCCACAGCCUACGCGACCUUGUGCGACAUGGGCACUGUUCGCAAAGGAGACAUAGUCUUGAUUCAUACCGGCUCGUCUCAUCUUGGCAAGGCUUUUAUUCAUCUUGCUCAGCUUCUGGGGGCUGAGGUCUUUGCCACCGUUCAGAAUCAAAAGGAGCGCGACUCCUUGGAGACGGUUUGCGGUGUGUCAGGAGAUCAUAUUUUCGGUAGUCGUGACCGAUCCAUCCGGAAGAAACUCCAGAGCAUGACUAAUGGCCGAGGCGUUAACAUUCUAAUCAACACUACCAACAAUGACUUCUACGAAGAUAUGGUGGAGUGCGUCGCGCCAUUCGGACGCGUUGUCAAUGUCGGCCAACAAGACAUCGAGUCCGGCCCACGUCUGCCGAGAGGCCGCAACAUCCGUCUUGAAUCCUUCGACCUUGCUUUAUAUGCAGCUUACGAUUUGGCUCGCCUAGAAGACAUAUUCCAGCGCAUGGCCGACUUGGUGUUGACCAACUGGGAAUCUAUCAGUUCAUUUUUGUCGCCUGUUGCAUACUCGUUCGGCCAAGCCCAAGAAGCCAUUAACCAUUUCCGGUCGCAAGGACAAAGCACCAAGAUAGUAAUGGAGCCUCACGACAAUGACCUGGUGCCUAUCUUGUCAACCCGCCAACCCAUGAGCUACUUUGACCCCAAUGCAUCCUAUGUCAUCGCCGGUGGCCUUGGCGGCCUCGGAAGGUCUGUAGCGCGGUGGAUGGCCUCGAGAGGUGCCAAGAAUCUUAUUUUGCUCUCAAGGCGUGGUCCAGUCGAGGAUUCCGCUAAGCAACUGGUCAAAGAGCUUCAAUUAGUAUGUGACAACGUGAUUACACCCUCUUGCGAUAUCACAAACGCCGAUGCCCUGGGAAACGUCAUCUCCCAAGCCUCGAGCUCCCUUCCUCCUAUCAAGGGCUGCAUACAGGGCUCGAUGGUUCUUCAGGACAAUUUGUUUGAGAACAUGUCCCUCCAUCAAUGGCAGGCAGCGAUAGUUCCCAAAGUCCACGCGUCAUGGAACUUGUACAACGUCCUCGGCAACAAGAUGGACUUUUUCGUCUUGCUCUCAUCGACCAUCGGGAUAACAGGUGGUCCAGAACAAGCCAACUAUGCCGCUGGUGGCACCUUCCAAGACGCCUUCGCUCGCCAUCUAGCCUCCCAGGGCGUCAAUGCCGUCUCCAUCGAUCUCCCCAUCAUCCAAGGUGUAGGCUAUGUUGCCGAGAAACCCGAGUUAUUCGAAUACCUGCGUUCCAGCGGCUGGACUUACAUCUCGGAAGCUGAGCUCCAAGCUGUCUUGGAUUAUCACUGUCGUCCCGCAAGCGCGCCGACAGAUAUUUCCCGAGCUCAAGUCAUCCCUCGCCUCUGGCUGCCACAAGAGACCGCAGCAGAGGGCUAUCAGACGCAGCUUUGGGGCGCGGAUCCCCUCUUCAACCACCUAGAAUUUGGGCAAAAAGACACCGAAGCGACGUCAGCGACUGAGACAACAACCGUCGUCAACCACAAGGCGCUUCUUGCAGGGGCAUCUUCUUCGCAAGAGGCUGAGAAGGUUGUUCUGGAUGCCCUGCUUCUCAAACUUGCCCGGAUGCUUAGUAUCGAGGUGUCGAAUCUUGACACUGCCAAGCCGCUGCACACAUAUGGCAUCGACUCCCUCACGGCAGUUGAGCUCCGCUCUUGGCUUAUCAAGGAGCUUGGGGCCGAAGUCUCGUUGUUUGACAUAACGAACAACUCGAGUAUCUCUCGCCUGGCUGGCACAGCAGCCCAAAAGAGCAGUCUGAGGCCUGUAGUGGCGAAGCCGUGA